UUCACAACAGUUCUAGGACCUAAGCACUAUUAUCUCAUCUGGAGAUGAGGAAUCUAAGGCAAAGAGGUUAACUAAUUUGCCCAAAAUUCACAGGUACUCUUUCUGUGGUUCAUCACACUAAAAGUAUAUAAUUUUCCAAAUCUUCUGUUACUAGAAACAUACAGGUGCACAUGUGUAUGUAUUUCAUGCAUGUAUUCUUCCUUCCAGGUUGUUAUUUAAAUGUGUAUCUUUUGCCCCAAACUCCAUAAGCAUUAUAAAAACUCUCCAGCAAUGACAUUUCCCUUGUGUGGCCUUCAGGCAGUUGUCUGCCCAAGAAGGCACAGCAAUGAGAGAGGUAGUGUGACUUUUGUCUUGCCCACUGCCAGAUAAAGGUAGCUUUAGGUUUUCUACAUCCAUUUUUAUUACACAAAAUGUUACGAUACUGUGAGAACACAAGGGGGCGCUGCAGGAUAAGGAAGUAAAACCUAGAAGGCAGUCGGGGAUCCAGUAAUAGGGGGGAAAAACUGCAGAAGCCCCGGAAGCCCAGAGGAGCCUGGACUGGAUGCUUCUGAAAGGAGGUCUCAGUCCUCAGAAAAGGACUGAAAGAAUUUUCAGGAAUCUAGUGAGAUAACUACAGUGCCAGACAGCAGGGGAGUUUAUAGUUCGACUGAAACAUCCUCCAGGACGCUGUACCACCAAGAACAAUGGAGGCCAGCAGGAAGCUCAUUUGCAGACAAAGGCAAGUUCUUUUUUCCUUUCUCCUUUUAGGCUUCUCUCUAACGACUGCAGGGGAACUGAGACGCUAUUCUGUGGUGGAGGAAAAGGAGGGUAGGUCCUUUGUAACCAAUUUAGUAAAAGACCUAGGUCUUGGGCAGCUGGAAAUCUCCAGGAGAGGAGCUAAGGUCAUUUCUAAAGGCAACAAACUAGAUUUGCAGUUGGAUCAGGAGACAGGGGAUUUGCUGUUAAAUGAGAAAGUGGACAGGGAAGAACUGUGUGGGCACACAGAGCCAUGCCUGCUAAGCUUUCAAGUGUUGCUAGACAAUCCCUUGGAUAUUUUUCAGGCUGAGCUAGAAGUCACAGAUAUAAAUGACCACUCUCCAGAAUUCCUGGACAAAGAAAUCACGCUAAAGAUAUCAGAAAGCAGUCUUCCUGGAGCUACCUUUCCUCUGAAGAACGCUCAGGACAUGGAUGUGGGCCAAAACGGUAUUGACAGCUAUCUGGUCAGUUCCAAUUCCUAUUUUCGAGUGCUUACUCGGAAACGCAGUGAUGGCAAGAAAUACCCUGAACUGAUACUAGACCGAGUACUGGAUAGAGAGGAGGAGGCCGAGCUCAGGUUAACCCUCACAGCUCAGGAUGGUGGCUCUCCACCUAGGUCUGGAACCACGGAAGUCCACGUUGAAGUCCUGGACAUCAACGAUAAUGCUCCUCAAUUUGAGCAGCUUUUUUAUAGGGUGCAGAUCCCUGAGGAUAGUCCAAUCGGCUUUCUGAUCAUUACUGUCUCUGCUACAGAUAAGGACAUUGGAGUCAACGGAGAGAUCUCCUAUUCACUUUUCCAGGUUUCAAAUGAUAUUAGCAAAACAUUUUCAAUCCACCCCUUGACAGGGGAAGUGCGAUUGAAAGAACACCUUGAUUUUGAAAAGACUCAGUCCUAUGAGAUCAAUAUUGAAGCAAGAGAUGCUGGGACCUUUUCUGGAAAGUGCACGAUUCUGACCCAAGUCGUGGAUGUGAAUGAUCACGCUCCAGAGAUUACCCUGUCUGCAUUUACCAAUUCCAUCCUUGAGAAUUUACCAGAAACUAUGGUGGCAGUUUUUAGCGUUUCCGAUCUAGAUUCAGGAGAAAAUGGGAAAAUAAGUUGUUCCAUUCAGGAUGAUCUGCCCUUCUUUCUAAAGCCUUCUGGGGAGAACUUUUAUACCCUAUUAUCACAAAAACCGCUGGACAGAGAGGCUGUAGCAGAAUACAACAUCACCAUCACUGUUGCAGACAUGGGGAAUCCCAUCCUGAAGACACAAGUCAACUUCACCGUGCAGGUUUCUGAUGUCAACGACAACGCCCCCAUCUUCACCCAAACCUCCUACACCAUGUUCGUCCGUGAGAACGACAGCCCCGCCCUGCACAUAGGCACCAUCAGUGCCACAGACUCAGACUCAGGCUCCAAUGCCCACAUCACCUACUCACUGCUGCCUCCCCAAGAACCGCAGCUGGCCCUCGACUCGCUCAUCUCCAUCAAUGCUGACAAUGGGCAGCUGUUCGCGCUCAGGGCAUUAGACUACGAAGCCCUUCAGACCUUCGAGUUCCGCGUGUGUGCCACAGACGGAGGCUCGCCCGCGCUCAACAGCCAGGCUCUGGUGCGCGUGGUGGUGCUGGACGAUAAUGACAAUACACCCUUCGUGCUCUACCCGCUGCAAAAUGCCUCUGCACCCUACACCGAGCUGCUGCCCAGGGCAGCAGAGCCCGGAUACCUGGUCACCAAGGUGGUAGCUGUGGAUUGCGACUCUGGCCAGAAUGCCUGGCUGUCAUUCCAGCUGCUCAAGGCCACAGAGCCCGGGCUAUUCAGUGUGUGGGCGCACAAUGGCGAGGUGCGCACCACCAGGCUGCUGAGCGAGCGUGAUGUGCCCAAGCACAGGCUGCUCCUCGUGGUCAAGGACAAUGGAGAGCCUCCACGCUCUUCCACAGUCACGCUGCAUGUAGUGCUGGUGGAUAGCUUCUCUCAGCCGUACCUGCCUCUGCCAGAGGUAGAGCGUGAUCCUGCACAAGAGGACAGUGAGCUCACAUUGUACCUGGUCAUUGCCUUGGCCUCUGUGUCUUUGCUCUUCCUAGUGUCUGUGCUACUGUUUAUAGGGGUAAGGAUGUGCAGAAGAGCCAGGGGGGUCUCUCUUGGUGUCUGCUCUGUGCCUGAGGGCCACUUUCCUGGCCACCUGGUGGAUGUCAGUGGCGCAGGGACCCUGUCUCAGAGCUACCAAUAUGAGGUGUGUCUUACAGGAGACACUGGGACUGGUGAGUUCAAAUUUCUGAAACCAAUUUUACCUAAUUUUCAAGACCAUUCUCUUCGACCAGAAAUAGGAGAAAAUCCCAACUCUAGGAAUGACUGGGGAAUGGUAUUCAGUUAAAAUAACUGCUUUCCAUCAUGUGUAAUAGAUUUUGUCAUAAACUGAAACUACUUUUCUUGCUUUACCCAUUAUGUGAACUUUUAAAGAAUGCUUAAAACUUGUUUUCAGGAUAUUCUGUCCAUGGUUUUAGAGCAGUAUCUCAGCUUUUCUUCAGACUGCAAGAUGAAAUGUUCUAAUCCUGUUUUUCUAAUUUGUCACUAAUGUAUAAACCUUUGUUCUGAGGUGGCUUGGGAAUGUACAAGAGAAAAAAAUGGGAAAUCAGUUUAACCCAAUCAGAUGCAAUUCAGUAUGUGUUCUCUCGCUCUUUGUUAACCACUGACUACACACUACAUAGCAAUGCUCAAACACAAUGAGGUCUAAUCAGAUAGGAGAAAGAAGGGUGUACUGGGGGUCUGCCUUUUGUUUUGUUUGGCUUCUACUGGACUGUCUUUGUUGAUGGUUUUUUAAAGCCUUUCAUAGCCACAUGGCUCCUCAUUAGCCUGCUAGUUUUUGUAUCACUAUUUUAAACUGCUUCCUACUUUGUUUGUUUGUUUGCUUGCUUGUUUUUGGUUGGUGUUGAGGUUUCAGAAAGCUGUCCUUUAUUUACCUGGUAAGUUGAAAGAGCAUGGCAGUAACACUGAGUUUUCACUUCUGUUAAAUAUCUGUCAGUCAGAGAAACUGCAUCAGCCAAUAUUUAUUUUUUCCCUUCUUUCUAUCAUUCCACAUUUGUUUCUUGCCAGUCGUGUGCUUAGUUAAAGGAAUACACUUUCACUGUCUUUUUUGGCAAAUAGAGCAGGGCAUAGGGCUAGCUUAUGGUGAUGUGUAAAAUGUGGUACCUUGCACAGCUCUUCAGUUGAGGAUAAACUUGGGGGCCCAUGCAUGCCAAGUAAGGACUGUAUCUCUGUAUCUACCACCGCAAACUCCCAAGAACACUUGUAAAUGGAAAUGUCUCAACUGGAAAGGGAUUUCGCCCUUUGUUCACGCUAUGUUCUUCCUGGGAUGUUCAUGGUAGAGUGAACACACAAGUACCCAUGUUGGCUCUGGAUAGGAGUGAUGGGCUAAAGUAGCAGAGAUGGUCCCUAGCAACUCAAGAGUUGUCAUAUUAGUCCCUGUGUUGCCAAUUUCUAAACCUUUUUUUUAAAUUCAGAAAUAAAGGAAGUACUGUGACAUUAUAUUAGCUUUUAUAUUAUGGUCAGUUCUUACGCUAUGGAAUCUAUUUGUGUGUUUGUAUGUGUUGUGUAUGCAUGCCUGUUGGUGCAUGCGUGCUUGCAGAUGCCCUGGUGCCUCUGUAUGUUGAGGUCAGAAGUUGAUGUCUACCUUCGUUGCUUAAUUAUCUAGACUAGCCAGAGAGCUCUUUGGAAACAUUGACUAACUGGUCAUGAUUCUGGGCAACAAAAGGAAAAGUCUGAGAUACAAUCCAAGCUACCUGAUUCUAAUGACCCAGUGCUUAGUAAUAUGCUAGACUGGCAGGCAUACCCUGGUAGCAUUAUUUUCCUGUGGAGAUAAAUCCAUUCGUCCCAUUCCAUGAAUAAAAUGACCAUGUGUAAAUGUGAUCAUUAGCUCAUAGUUUGUAUUUCUUUCUAUAGCAGUGACCACACUGCUUAGGAAAAAAACAAAAUGCUCACAAAAAUCAACAAGCUAAUUAAAAUUGGGUCACAAUACAACUGCUCUUCAUGACGAAGAAAUCAGCCUGAUUACAUUCCCGUGUGUACUCAGUGAGUCACAUGCAUUAUUGCAGAAGCAAGCUGUCCUAUGUGAGCAGCAGAAUUACUCUGUUUUUGUGUUUAUUGAACUUUGUAUCUGUCUCGUCAGUCAUUAUCUUUAAACUCCUACUUAUUAUAUUCUUUAUAUACAGUGAGCCCAUUAUUAAAUUUAAUAUUUUAUGCUCA